GUUUCAUAUAAUAUCAUAAACACGGCAAAGAUUAUAUUUAAAUGCUCUCAAUGAAAGUUUACACGCCAACGGCACAAUCUAAAGACUACAUCACCCAGCUCUGCGCGCUAUGAAACCGAGGCAGCGUAAACAGUACUUCAGGAACAUGAAAAGAUCGGAUGACAGUGAGAGGGAAAAGAGGAGAAAGAGACGGAGGCUUAUACAGGAACUGGGAGAGCAGAGGAUUCCCUACCUUUCUCCUGCAGACCCAGGAUUUCAGGAAUUGUGGGACUCCAGUUAUGCAGGACUGGCUUUACGACAGUCUAGUGCCCUGCCAGAUGGUCUCCAUGAGAGAGUGCAGUCUGCUUUGAUAACUCUUCAGCGGCGUGGAUGUCUCCUCCGAGAUCUUGUCCGAGUACGAGACCGGGACGUCUUCACAGCCGUUUCACGUGCUCUCGUGGGUCAGCCGGGCUACACAUACCGUUAUCUGGACACCCGUCUGUUCACCAUCCCUUGGCACUGUGAGGGAGAAGAAGGCCAGAAAGACGAGAAAGAGAAACCUUGCUGUGACUCCGACCUGAGGGACGCUUGCAAAGCAUUGUGGGAGCUCAAUCAGUUCUUUUGCUCAGAUGUAAAGCAGCAGACAAAUGCAAGAGGCGUCAAGCGUUCCCGCAGUGACACUGAAAACAGUGAAGACACACCAGGAGAGGGGAUGUGCGAAGAGAGUGUUAAGGACAGGCUACUUGAGGAGAAGCAGGAGAAAGAGAAGAAGGAGGAAGAGGAAGAAGACAGCGGUCAGGGCUGCUCUCAUUCCUCACCUCCUUCAUCCACUCCGCCGCCUGAUGUGGCCGGUCUAGUUCAGUUUAACAUUACUAUCAUCAACUACAUGGACCCCUCAGCCAUGACCCAGCUGAAGGAAGAGCCCUAUUAUGGCAUGGGCAAGAUGGCAGUCGGCUGGCAUCAUGACGAGGACCUGGUUCCUCUGUCACCAGUUGCUGUCUACAGCUAUAGCUGCCCAGCAGAGCCAAAGAAAGAAGAGGUGACUGAAAAGGAUGUGGAGGGACAGAGUAAAGAAAAAGUCAAAGAAAAAGAAACAGAGACAGAAGGUGAAGGAGAAGGAACAAGUAAAGAAGAACUGAAGGAAGAAAGAGAAGGAUUGGAAAAGGAGGAAGUGCAGAAAGAGAAGGCUUGUUGGCGUGUUGGACUGAAGGUGGCCUGGGACAUCCACACACCAGGUCUGGCUUUGCCUCUACAGUCUGGAGACUGCUACUAUAUGACAGCUGAUCUGAAUCGGACACAUCAGCACUGUGUACUGGCUGGUGAGACGGCUAGAUUUAGCUCCACUCACAGAGUCGUACAGUGUUGUACAGGAACGCUGGACUACAUAAAGAAACGCUGCUCAGAGGCCUUGGAGAAUUUACACACCGACCCUGAGAAGAACACCAAGAGCCUGAAGUCCCUGCUCCCCUCCGCUCUCCAGCGCAUUGAGGACAUCCACAGCGAGGUGGAGUUUGAAUGGCUGAGGCAAUACUGGUUCCAGGGCCGACGUUACGCUCGAUUCUGCAGCUGGUGGACUAAACCCAUGGAACAGAUGGAGAAAGACUGGAAGGAAAUGGAGCGAAUGACUCAGCUGCUGCUGGAUGUGGUGGAGGACGAGAACACAGCACAGGAGAACAGAAGAGAGAUGGCAGACGUUUUACUGAAUGCCCUGACGGACAGACAGCAGCACAGACAGAGAUGGAGGGACAGGUACAAGCUGGCAUUGAUGGAGGGCCCAACCAGUGGGGAUAGCUUCUGUGAGGAACAGACAGUAAAUACAUCUCCGCCGUUUAUUUCCCUUUGUGUUGUUGUUCUUCUAAGUCAAAUUCAACAAAGUGUUACAAUAAAGAAAGAUUUUCAUGAGGUGAGAAGUACAGAAAACCAACAGAACAUGUAAAAACUUGGAAACUUUUUUUUUUACACAUCAAUGAAUAAAGCAGUAGGAUUGGCUCACAUAUGUAUGUGUAAAUUAUUAUUUUAUUUAUCCAUUCCUUUGUUCACUUAUUUAUUUUGUUCACUUAUUUUAUUAAUUCAUGUAUGUUUUCUUUAAUUUAUUAAUUCAUUGAUUUUACAAUAAAAUUUUGUAUUGUUUGGAAAAAAAAAAUUCUUUAUUUCUUUAUUAUAAAAGUCAGAAAAUUCUGUUUUCAUAAGCUGCAUUCAAAGCUGUAAUGCAUUUGCACACCUGUUAACACAAUCUUUAUUAAUGCAUCAAAUUAGUAUAUUGCUUGGCAACAGUAAACAAUGUGUCAUUAGGAUAAUGAACUAUUGUGGGUGGACUGAUUGUUUAUUCUAAUUAUGAUAAAUAUUUUGUUUAUACUAUUGUUUAUAUACUGUACACGUUGCUUGUAUAUAUAUAUAUAUAUAAAGCAACUGAUUAUGUUAUGUAUAUUUAUUCAUGUAUUGCCAUUGAGACAUUUUGUCCACUUUGUGUUUGGAAGCAUUAUAUUAAAUUGACUGCACAAAAA